ACAAGUGAAUAUUUGGUGAAGAUUAUAUGGAUUAUUCUUAUAAAAUAGUUCUUUACUUUUUCGUAACUAAAAUUGUAAACAACUAUGCGUUUGUAACAGUUUAACCAAUAAAUUUGUAAGUUAGGAUACCAUGGAAGUUUUAUUGUUAUCAAAAUCCAUGCUGUAUGUUUGUCAGUGGUCAGUAAUAAUUAUUAAAUCAUAAAAUGGGUGCAAAUAUAUCACAACUAGAAAGAGAUAUUGGUUCUGAUCAAUUUCCUCCUAAUGAACAUUAUUUCGGAUUAGUUAAUUUUGGAAAUACUUGUUAUAGUAAUUCUGUGUUACAAGCUUUGUACUUCUGCCGACCAUUUAGAGAAAAAGUUUUAGAGUAUAAAGCUAGGAAUAAACGAACUAAGGAAACAUUAUUAACAUGCUUAGCAGACUUAUUUUACAGUAUUGCAACUCAGAAGAAGAAAGUUGGGUCUAUAGCUCCAAAAAAAUUUAUUGCCAGGUUAAGAAAAGAAAAAGAGGAAUUUGAUAAUUAUAUGCAACAAGAUGCACAUGAAUUUCUGAAUUUCUUAAUAAAUCAUAUAAAUGAGAUCAUCCUAGCAGAGAGAAAUCAAAGUAAACCAGCUGGUGGAAAAUGUGGUGCAGGUGAUGCUGGUUCACCACCUGAACCUACGUGGGUUCAUGAAAUAUUUCAAGGAAUUUUGACAUCGGAAACGCGCUGCCUUAACUGUGAGACUGUGUCUAGCAAAGAUGAGGAUUUCUUUGAUUUACAAGUCGACGUAGAUCAAAAUACUUCUAUUACACACUGCCUCAGAUGUUUCUCAAAUACUGAGACUCUUUGUAGUGACAACAAAUUCAAAUGUGAUCAUUGUAGCAGUUAUCAAGAAGCUCAGAAACGAAUGAGAGUUAAAAAAUUGCCGAUGAUAUUAGCAUUACAUUUGAAAAGAUUCAAAUAUGUAGAACAGUAUAAUCGUCACAUUAAAGUUUCUCACAGGGUAGUUUUUCCAUUGGAACUUCGUCUCUUUAAUACUAGUGACGAUGCGGUAAAUCCAGAUCGAUUAUACGAUUUGGUAGCAGUUGUGAUACAUUGUGGAAGUGGGCCUAAUCGAGGACAUUACAUUUCUAUAGUGAAAAGUCACGGAUUUUGGUUACUCUUUGAUGAUGAUAUGGUUGAUAAAAUUGAUGCAUCUACAAUAGAAGAUUUUUAUGGACUUACUUCAGAUAUUCAGAAAAGUUCCGAAACUGGUUACAUUUUGUUCUACCAAUCAAUAGACUGUAGUUAGAAUUAAAUAUAAUUAUAUGAUAAUUAAAUAAAUUCUAUAUAGUAAUUUCAUAUUUGAUCGAAAUAUAGUGUAUAAG